GUCAAUGCUGAUCAUAAAAGGCUAAAAAGAAAAUACAGCAGUGCUGCUGAAGAAGAUCACAGAGGUGGAGCUCCAUCUGAACCUUUUGGUAUGAUUGAACAAUUUUAGUUAUUAUUUGUGUUGGUUUGUAGCCCCACUCCUCUGAGCAAAGUAACUAUUACUUUUUAAAUUUCAAACUUUGACAUCUUCGUCUGCUGACAAAUUCUUUUAUGCAAUUCUCACAGUUUUUUCCCUCCAAAGUCAUGUUUUAAAUUAUCUUACGCUCUUCCUCCUGUGUCAAUAAACAGGGUUUUUUAUUAAACUAGGGUGUCAAUAAACAAGGGUAUUAAUAAACAUGGGUGUCAGUAGUGAUAGUGACCCUUGUUCAUGAAGUAUGAUAAAAUAUUAGACGUCAUCAUUGACUUAAAAGCUACCAGUAGCCAAUGAAAAGUUGAAUAAACUGGUAUUGGGCAUAUACAUUAGGCGAUAACUUAUAGCAAGUUAAAGAUAAAUUAGAUGCAUAGAUUUUUUUUCUCUGAAAAAUCCUACUGCUUUUCAUACUAAUUUAUAGUAAGCUCUCUAGGUCAUGUUUUAGAUUCAGCAGAUUGUAAUAAGUAAAAAAAAAAUAUGUUAGGUUAAAGUUAAAUACAAUAAACCGUUUUAUUGAAUAUUCUUUUUAUUUUCAUGUUGAAUAACCUUUAAAAUGUUUGUAAUGUUUCUAAAUAUUGUAUUUUAUAGUGUUUGAUAGUUUUAUGAAGUCACAUACUUUGUGUGGUGUUGAAGUUUUAUUAUCCAUUAUCCAUACAUGUAAAAAAAAAAAAAUCAAGUAAGUGAAUUUUUUUCACGUUAUCAAGAAACUUGUAAAGCAACCUCUUGCUGACUUCCUUAUUUUUAACAAAAAAAUGUUAAGCUUAAAAAUAUUUAAGAGUAAUAGCUUAAAAUUUUUUUAAAGUAACUUUUCCAGUGUGCUUACUUUUUUCAGUUGAAUCACAGCAGAGAGAAUGCAGAGCUGAAGCACAUAAUAAGGAUUUCAUCUUCGAAGAGGUCAAAGCAAAACGCCCCAAGCUGAAUACAAAACCACCGCAGAAUCUUUCAGAAACGAACGUUGACUUAAGAAAUGUUGACAAACUAAUGGAAAAGACAAGGAGCGAUGCAUCUACACUUCAUGAGCAAUCAUUCGCACCUUUGAAAACAAAAAACUUAAAUAGCUCCACAGAAUCCAUAGUUAGUGUUGCUGUUGAUAAAAAAAUUAUGAAUUCUUCUCUGAAUUUAAAGGCAGUUAUGAGAGCGCCAGGUAAAAAAGCAUGUUUCAAGCGAAUGAGAACCUUACAAAAAAAUAUUAGAAUAGCUUGCAAGGAGACUUACUUGUCUGCCUUCGAACAAGAGCAAGAUCCACAGUUGAAACAGCUGCGUCAACUCGCAAACAGAUUAGUGAACCUGGAAAAUGAAGGCUUCAAGCCUUUUGAAAUUAUUGAGAAGAUUGCAAAAAUGGAAAAAGUACCAAUACAUUGGAAGAAGACCGGCUGUACUCAAACAGGAUUAUAUUCAGGAGGUAUCUGUUUAGCUUCAGUCAACUGCACAGGCAAAGCAGCCCGUGUUAAAGUCAUGUGUAUGGCCCUUGAAAAACUUUUGCUGCCUAACUUUUAUAUUACACAAAUUAGCCCCGACCAAUUUGACUUCCAUUCUUCUGGUGAAAUGGCUCUAAUUUGCAGAAAUGAUACUUCUCUAAUACAGCCAUCAAAAUGCAAAACCAAUUAUAGCC